AUCGUCUUUGAGGACAUGGCUGUUCAUUUCUCUUUGGAGGAGUGGGCUCUCCUGAAUCCUGAUCAGAAAGCCUUGCACGUGCAGAUCAUGGAGGAGAUUCAUGGGAUGGUGGACUCUCUUGCAGAUAACUGGAAUAAAAGCAAUGGAUACACCAAAUGGAGUAAGCAUUUUGCGCAAAAUGAGGGCCUUCCUAGACACCAGCAAAGCCACAGUGAUGAUGGAGGUUUUGCCAUAGAAAGGCCUUACAAAUGCAAUGAAUAUGGGCAGUGUUUUACCCAUAAUAUGGAAAUUGUGCUUCACAAAACACUCCAUACUGGGAAAAACCACCUUAAAUGGAAAGUAUCAGCAGAAUGUGUUACUGAUUACAAAUUGCCACAUCUGAGCCAAGAAGAAAUCUUUGGGGGAACUGAGGAUUUCACAAGCCAGGAGUGUGGGAAAUCUUUUAACCAGAGUUCACGCUUGGUGGAACAUGAGAAAUUUCACACAGGAGAGAAGCCACUGCACCAAUGCCAGGAGUGUGGGAAAUGUUUUGGUUACCAUUCGGACUUGGUGAGGCAUAAAAGACUUCACACAGGAGAGAAGCCAUACCAAUGCCAGGUGUGUGGAAAAUGUUUUGCUUCCAAUUCAUGCUUGGUGAGGCACAAAAGACUCCACACAGGAGAGAAGCCAUACCAAUGCCAGGAGUGUGGGAAAGGUUUUGCUCAAAGUUCAGCCUUGGUGAGUCACAAAAGACUCCACACAGGAGAGAAGCCAUACCAAUGCCAGGAGUGUGGGAAAGGUUUUGCUCAUAGUUCAGCCUUGGUGAGUCACAACAGACUCCAUACAGGAGAGAAGCCAUACCAAUGCCAGGAGUGUGGGAAAUGUUUUGCUUACAGUUCAGUCUUGGUGAGCCACAAGAAACUCCAUACAGGAGAGAAGCAAUACCAAUGCCAGGAGUGUGGGAAAUGUUUUGCUUACAGUUCAGUCUUGGUGAGACACAAAAGACUCCACACAGGAGAGAAACCACACCAAUGUCAGGAGUGUGGGAAAUGUUUUACUCAGAAUGCACACCUUAUAGAGCACUGGAAAUCACACACAAGUGAAGACUCAUACAAAUGCCAGGAGUGUGGGAAAUGUUUUGCUCGCAGUUCAUACUUGGUGAGGCACAAAAAACUCCACACAGGAAAUAAGCCAUACCAAUGUCAGGAGUGUGGGAAAUGUUUUGCUCGCGGUUCAUACUUGGUGAGGCACAAAAGACUCCACACAGGAGAGAAGCCAUCCCAGUGCCAGGAGUGUGGGAAAUGUUUUGCUGACAGUUCACUCUUGGUGAGACAUAAAAGAGUCCACACAGGAGAGAAGCUACACGAAUGUCAGGAGUGUGGUAAAUGUUUUGCUCGCAGUUCAGAUUUGGUGAGGCACAAAAGACUCCACACAGGAGAGAAGCCAUACCAAUGCUAGGAGUGUGGGAAAUGUUUCACACAGAGUUCUCCCCAUUGGGAGCCACCAGAAAAUCCAUAGAAGAAAAAAACCAUCCAAAGAGCUAAGAUAAAAGUAACCAUGAAUUGCAACAGGGAAAAUGCAAGUUCUGGACAUUCUGGUGCUGUGGACUAUACAUUUAACAUUUUCCGAUGAACAUGUGUGAAUCCCUUGGCUUCCAGUAACAUGCGGCUUGUCUUUGGAUUGAUUUCUUAGACAUUUCUCUUCUUGGGUUAAAACUCUGUUCAGCUUUUUGGUUUUGCUUGACUUGGGACUGUUUUGGAUAACAGUUUCUUCUCUGGUCAUGGGCCUCACCAUGGGACUGGACUGGCUUUCCUCUGUUCAGCCUUUGUAGGUAAACAACCGAUUUCAAACAGUACCGGACUACUGUAAAUUUUCUGGGCUGUAUGGCCAUGUUCCAGAAGCAUUCUCUCCUACAUUUCACCUCCAUCGAUAGCAGGCAUCCUCAGAGGUAGUGAGGUCUGUUGGAAACUAGGGAAAAUGGAUUUAUAUAUCAGUGGAAUGUCCAAAGUGGGAAAAGAACUCUUGUCUGUUGGAGUUUGGUGUGAAAUGUCACCCAAGUAAAAAAAAAAGCACAAUCAAAGUCCUGGCAGACCAUCCAAAAACUGUCAUGCCAUUAAAUGCUAAUCAAGGUGGCCAAUUCAAACAUUCAGACAAGAGUUUCUUCUCCAACCCUGGACAUUCCACAGAUAUAUAAACCCGAUUUUCUUAGUUUCCAACAGACAGCACAACCUCUGAGGAUGCCUGCCAUAGAUGCAGGCAAAGUGUCAGGAGAGAAUACUUCUGGAACGUGGCUAUACAGCCCGGAAAACAUACAUCAACCCAGUGAUUCUGGCCAUGAAAGUCUCCAACAACACAUCAAAAAGGACCGUUUGAGAAGUUCUGUCUAAGAUUUGGUAGAUGCCCCUUUCUUGUUAUUUGAAUCCCUACGUUGAGGUCUUCUUCUCUGGAGCAGCACAAAGCAAGCUCCCUGUGAUAUUCCUUCAGAGGAUUAAAUACCAUUGUCAUAUCACUUAUUUUAAAAAAUAAAUCAUAUGUAACUCCAUCAGUUGUUUCUCU